AUGUCCUUUUCCAACAGCUCCGACCCCAGCUCUUCCUUCUUCAUCCUGGCCAGCAUCCCAGGGCUGGAGGCUGCCCACUUCUGGAUGGCAAUCCCGCUGUGCUCCAUGUACAUUGUGGCCGUCGUGGGCAACUGCGCUGUUCUCUUCAUUGUGAAGACAGAGCCCAGCCUGCACGCUCCCAUGUACUUCUUCCUCUGCAUGCUGGCUGCUAUCGACCUGGCCUUGUCCACGUCCACGGUCCCACGUGUCCUCUCCUUCUACUGGUUCAACACCAAGGAGAUCAGCUUUGGUGCCUGUCUCCUCCAGAUGUUCCUCAUCCACACCCUCUCAGCCAUUGAGUCCACUGUCCUCCUGGCCAUGGCUGUGGACCGCUACGUGGCCAUCUGCCACCCACUGAGACAUGCUGCCAUCCUCACCAAUGCCUUGACGGUGAAAAUUGGCCUGGCAGCCAUGGCCAGAGGAGUCCUCUUCUUCCUGCCCUUGCCAUUGCUCCUCCUGCCCCUUCCUUUCUGCAACUCCCGAGUCCUGUCUCACUCCUUCUGCCUGCACCAGGAUGUGAUGAACCUGGCGUGCGCCAACACCACUCCCAGCGUGGUGUACGGCCUCACUGCCAUCCUGCUGGUCAUGGGCCUGGACGCCCUCCUCAUCUGCAUCUCCUACGCCCUCAUCCUCAGGGCCGUCUUGCAGCUGGCAUCAUGGAAGGAGAGGCUCAGGGCGUUCAGCACCUGCGUUGCCCACAUUGGUGUGGUCCUGGCCUUCUACGUGCCACUGAUCGGGCUGUCCGUGGUGCACAGGUUUGGGAGAGGCCUGGCUCCGCUGGUCCGUGUCGCCAUGGGGAACGUCUACAUCCUGGUGCCCGCCGUGCUCAACCCCAUCAUCUACGGGGUGAGGACCAAACAAAUACAGAGAAGGAUCCUGAGUCUAAUUCACAUACACAAAUUCAGGACUUCUCAGUGA